AUGUUUCGAGAUCCGAUACAUCAGGUUAUGGAGAAAAUCAAGAAUGAGCCGUUCUUCAAAUGGUCAAAUAAAAUGGCAGGAGACCUCAUAAAGCAUAACCAAAACAUAUAUUGCCAAUACCACCAAGAACCAAGGCAUACCACAGAGGAUUGUCGAAACUUGAAGAACCAUUUGGACCAACUGGUCCGAGAGGGAAAAUUAUGUCACCUUCUACAUCACUCCAAUGGCCAACAAGGACAAGCGAACAUUAAGACGCGGAAGGACAUCUCCUUGAGAUUGCCUAUAGGCACGAUAAAUGUCAUUCUUGCCGUCUCGGGAAUGCCUGGCUCUUGUCCCUCCAGAGUAAUGUCCGUAUCUCGACCUCCUACCGAGCAUGGCGAUCGGGAGUCUAAAAGGGCCAAGAAGAUAGCAUUACCCAUGCUGGGCUUCUUGGAUGAAGAUAAGGUCGGAACCAUUCAACCCCAUAAUGAUGCUCUGUUCGUCACACUCAGGAUUGGAGGAUAUGAUGUGAGAAGAGUGCUAGUAGAUCAGGGCAGCAUUAUGGAAGUAAUGUAUCUCGACCUAUACAAGAGGCUGAACUUAAAACCCGAGGACUUAAUGGCAUACGAUUCCCUUCUAGUAAGCUUCGAAGGGAAGACAAUCACUCCAAGGGGCCAGGUCCGACUGCAUAUACAAACAGGUUUGGAUGUGGUAGUGGUGGACUUUAUCGUAGUUGAUGCUUAUUCGUCCUACACAACCAUCGUAGCCAGGCCUUGGCUUCAUGCCUUAGGGGCUGUCUCUUCUACACUACACCAAAAAGUGAAGUACCUGUCGGAGGGCCAAGUCAAGGAGAUUAUAAAGGACCAGACCAUGGCCAGGCAGUGCAUGGUGUUCUCCAUUUCAUGCCAACACAACGUUGAGCCCUUGGCUUCUACUGAAAGUGGUUUAUAA